AUGGGCAGCCGUCGCGUGGUUCCUCUGUCGGUGGACGCGUCUUCCUCUUCUCGCUCGCACCCUCCGCCUCCUAAGAGCCCUGCACAUCGUCCACCAACUGGUCAUGGCUCUCUCGACCUCGUACGACCUCCCACAGGAGGCUCUGUGGGCUAUCAGGGCUUUGAUCGCCUCAUGAUGAUGCGUCACGUCAACGCUGCAGCCCCCCAGCAAGUCCAAAGUGGCGGAGACGAAGCUUCGGCUGCUGUGAACCACCGUCAACGAAUGGCAGCCGAGCAACAGCGCCGUAUAGAGCUGUCUCUGAUGGCUAAAGAGGACUAUACAGGUACACCAGAAGGACAGGCGAGACUGCAGCGUCAAGACGAGAGAUCUCGUAUGCGAGAAGAGGAACUGCUAGUCAUCAGACUGGUGGAAGCAGAGAAAGAGGCUGCGAGGAAGUUGCAACGCGAGAGGGAGCUGGAAGAGGAGAAACGGAUAAAGGAGCAGUAUCUGGCCAAGAUCCGAGCGCAACGGGAGCAACAGGAGAUGGAAGCGAGAGAGAAAGAAGAGAAGAGAAAACGAGAAAUGGAGCGCAAGAUGAAAGCACUUAAGGACACAGCAGAUGCCAAAGCACGAGCGGAGUUCGCUGAGAAGCAACAUGCGCUCCAAGAGGAGGCCCGACUCGCUCGUGAGAAGCACCAGACGGAGCUUGAGAUCGUUCAAAUGCAGGUGGAAGACGUAAUGGGCCACGCCAUGCAGCAACAAGCUAUUGCGGAACGAGAACGACAGCGACAGAUCGCAGCGGAGCAGGAGGAAUGGCGUUUGUUCCAAGAACGCGAGCAAGAGACACAACGCGAGGCGACUCAGCUGCGACGAGCUGCUAUGGCGCAGCAGUACGAGCAGGACAAGCAGCGACGUAUUCAGAUUCAUAAAUUGCAAAAGGAGCGAGCAGCGCAGAUAGCUGAGCGUCAGGAGAUGCAAAAUAGACCUAUGGAUGACCGACCGAUUUGGAGCACUUCCACCGCCCAAGCGAAAGGUUUUGUACCGUUUGCGCAGGUGUUAAGCGUCACAGACCACUCGCCAGCGAUGCAAGCAACGUUAAAGAGUGGCGAUCUUUUGGUUGAUUUCGGAGGGAUUGUGAGUAGCACACCAAAGUGUUUAAUGGCCAUGGCAGAGUGUGUGCAGAAGAACGUGAACACUCGGAUUCCCGUCGUUCUUUUACGCUCUCUCGAGACUCCAGAAGAGCAUUUUGAGGAGAUUCAAGUGUCAUUAUGUCCUCGAAAGUGGGAAGGCAAAGGAUUACUCGGCUGUCAGCUCAGUCCUUUCAAGUGGCCUGAAAAUCCAAUCGAACCAGGUGCAAACGCUCUGGUUGUAUACGACAUUGUACCUGCAUCUGUUGCAGACCAGGCAGGUCUUCUGAAUGGCGAUAGUUUAUCCGGAUGUGAAGGUUUGGAAAAAUCUGUGAGUGAAGAUCAAUGUUAUCGAUCGCUUCGUAUUGAGUUACCGUCUUCUGACGGCUCUCUUGGAUUCUCUCUGACGUCAUUUGCCGAAUAUUACAAUUACUAUUCCAGCACUGUGGCUGCUGUAUCUGCAUGUGAAGAAUGUUACUACACGACGCUGACGACAGCCUUACACGCAGCAGCUCUCAGUGGGCACGUCAGUUGCUUGGAAGCUCUUUUAAACUCGCUCCAAAACGGAGAUGGAGGCGGAUAUUCCGCCAGCGAAUACUUAGAUUGGAGAGAUGAAGAUGGCCGAACGCCACUCUUCUACGCUUGUUAUACCGGACAGCUUGAGUGUGUGAAAUACCUGUUAAAUUUUGUCGUUAACGCUGGAGUCGACUUGUACGGAGAUACAGUACUUCAUGCUGCCACAACGAGUGGGCAUACGGCUGGAAUCGCGCUCUUACUGGAGAGUGGAUGUGUUAAAGUAGACGAUAGAAACCAUACGAGGCUGACUUGCGCUCACAUAGCGCCCAACGUCGACACACUGGCGUUUCUGGGCGAACAGUGUGAAGCUGACUUGUUGGCUACGGAUACUGAAGAAAGGAUGCCCCUGGCUUAUGCGUGUCUUCGUAAUGACGUUGAGAGUAUCCACUAUUUAUGCAGUAAGCACCCGGAUUUUGUGGAUUAUGCGGAUAUCCAUGGUAAUACGCCACUGCAUGUAGCAGCGUGGUUGGGGCUUCAAGAGGCGGUUGAAGAGCUUAUCACGUACUUACCGUCUAUCGCAUUAUAUAUCACGAACGAGGAUGGACAGAAUGCUGCAGAGCUGGCUCGCUCGAAUGGGAAGGAAGAUGUCGCUGCUCUCCUGGAUAAUGUCAUGGCUGCUGCAGAGACCCAAACGAACCGAAAUCUCGAGGUCUGGGCCGCCGCGCUAAAAGGUUCCUGA